GCCACACUUGGUAGCCAAGCAACAAACAAUAGCAUACAUAAAAAGGCCACACAUAUACACACACACACAAACACACGCAUUUCCACAGGCCAUUUCCAACAAUCCUCUUACGGUCUCACCAUGUGCUCUGAUAGCCGUCUCCUCGGUCCGCCGGAGAUCAGAGACGCCCCGCUACAGACCUCCGAUGAUCCUGUUUCGACGGAGAUCGGAGAUGCCUCGUCGCCGGUCUCCGAUGAGCCUGCGGACAAGCCCACCGGUGAACCCUUCCUCGAUGUAAUAGAUUCUAGCUUCAACUCGUCAUCGGAGCCGCCGAGGGGUUUAACCGAGAAUUUAUCUGGGACGUUUCUCUCAUCCGGCAAUCCCUGCCUCGAUUUCUUCUUCAAGGUCGUCCCUGAUACGGCGGCGACCACUGUGAUCAACCUCCUCACCGCCGCUUGGAAGCAUGAUCCGCUCAUCGCGCUCAAGCUCGUGUGCAAUCUCCGUGGCGUUCGUGGCACCGGGAAGUCCGAUAAGGAGGGGUUCUACACGGCGGCACUAUGGCUUCAUGCUCAUCAUCCCAAAACCCUCGCCCUCAAUGUCGGAUCUUUAGCUGAGUUUGGCUACAUGAAGGAUCUCCCUGAGAUCCUUCACCGCCUCAUCGAUGGAGCCGAUACACGCGAGAUCGCAAAGGAUGAGUACAUGAAGUUCAGAAGGGCCAGACGGCGUGGAAGGUCGAGGUUCUACUCCGGCAAAGCCAAGAAGGGCAACGGCGAUGAGAAGGAGAAGAAGAUCGGUACCAGAGAUGAGAGGAUCGCCGCCGAGCUCACCAAAGUGAAGAUCGAGAAGGCCAGGAAGCAGAGGCACGAGAAGAAGACCAAGCUUGCGAUCCGAGCCGUGGACCGCUACGCCAGUGAUCCAGCCUACCAGUUCCUCCAUGAUCGCAUCUCCGAGUUCUUCGCCAAGCUCUUGGUCUCGGAUCUCGAGCAACUGAAGAAGGAGAAGCAAAAAAUGAUCGGUCUCGCCGCCAAAUGGUGCCCUUCUCUCGAUUCAUGCUUCGAUCGCACAACCCUCCUCUGCGAGAGCAUCGCUCGCCGGCUCUUCCCCAAAGAGUCCAAUCCUGACUACGCAGAGAUCGAAGAGCGCCACUAUGCCUACCGUGUCCGUGACCGGCUCCGCCGCGAAGUUCUCGUCCCUCUCCGAAAAGUUCUCGAGCUACCAGAGAUUUUCAUGAGCUCAAGGCAAUGGGACGCCCUGCCUUACAACCGCGUGGCAUCCAUCGCCAUGAAGAACUACAAGGAUACAUUCAAGAAGCAUGACAAGGAUCGUUUCUCAAACUUCCUUGAGGAUGUGAAGAAAGGCAAGGCCAAGAUCGCCGCCGGUGCGCUACUCCCUCACGAGAUCCUUGCAGCCGUCUGCAAACCCAAGGACGAAGAUGGUGAUGAUGAUGAUGAUGAUGUAGCAGAGCUACAAUGGGCGAGGAUGGUGCAGGACGUUUUGAAGCUAGGUAAGCUUAACAACUGCAUUGCUGUUUGUGAUGUCUCUGGGAGCAUGAGUGGGACUCCAAUGGAGGUCUGUGUGGCCAUGGGGAUACUUAUCUCAGAGCUCAGUGAGGAGCCAUGGAAGGGAAGAGUGAUCACAUUCAGCGGUGAACCUCAACUCCACAAGAUCACAGGCAAUACAUUGAGGGAAAAGAGUGAGUUUGUGAGGACAAUGAAUUGGGGGAUGAACACUGACUUCCAGAAAGUGUUUGAUCAGAUUCUGCAGGUGGCUGUGCAGGGGAAUUUGCCGCCAGAGCAGAUGAUCAAGAGAGUUUUCGUGUUCAGUGAUAUGGAGUUCGACCAGGCAUCGGAGAGCAAUUGGGAGACUGACUAUGAAGUGAUCUGCAGGAAGUUUCAGGCCUGCGGUUACGGUGAGGCAAUUCCGGAGAUUGUGUUUUGGAACCUCAGGGAUUCGAGCUCGGUCCCAGUAACUGCUAACCAGAAGGCGGUGGCGCUUGUCAGCGGAUUCUCAAAGAAUCUGGUGAAGCUGUUCCUGGAGGGAGGUGGCAUUGUGAAUCCAGUUGCUAUCAUGGACCUUGCAAUCUCUGGUAAAGAGUAUGAAAAACUGGUGGUCUUUGAUUGAACAAAGAAAGAAUAGCAAUAGUUUCAUCUCUGCAAUGCAGUGGUAUUGAGAACUGAGGGUCUGUUUAACUUUAUCCCUCUUGUGUCUUUACAAAUAAAGAGGGAAAGUAAGCGAAAGAGAGCUCAAUCAAACAACAAAAGUUUUGAAUGAAUCAAUAUCAGUGUGCAGUUUAUCCUUCAUCUUCUCCCACCUCCUCUCAUUAACUACUGUUGUUAAUGUGUAGAACCUCCUGUAAAUUUUGUCAUCAUCUCAAUAAGUAUGAUUUCCAAUCGUAACAAUACCAAGAGCAUGGCGAGUGAAGUUUGGUGCCUGUGUGAUGAACUUAAAAGUAUAAUAUGUUUUACCAUCAACAUCAUGCUGGAUUAGAACAUUUACAAAUGUCAGCAUAACGAUGCUAUUCUUAAACUAAUCAGAAGAAGGGAAAAGGAAGUAAAACCUCUGAUGCAUCAACCAACUUUGUCUUCUGCGAAGGAGGAGCCAAAACCUUAUUUUAUCAGAGUCUCAGCAACCAAGUACGAAUUGAAUUCAACCUUCUCAGAUUAAGCAUAUAACAACAUUGAGUUCAGUGAUUCAAGGAUGACAGACCUCUUGUGGUGAUCCAAGGUCUCUAAUAUCUCCCUUGUAGUUGCGACUGUGUUAGCGUUAACUCUUUCUAGUGGCUCAAUCACAUCUUUGAAUACUUUACCUUGACCUUGAACAACGACUUUCUGAGACAAACAUCAGAUGCCAAAUGAUAAUUAUGUUGCACUAGAGUGAUGAUUCCUACCUGCCAUCCGAAUGAGUAGAGGUCAAGUGGUGACUUCUUAUAAAGAAUGAAGUGAAGGGCAAUGUCGUGGUGACGUGUGGAUAAGUUGGGUGUUCUCUGGCUGACACGUGGAGUCUAUUAGCUGUGUGUAAUUGGUGGAGUUUGGAUGUUGCAAUCUAGACCGUAGGAUUAGUUUUAAGUGAGGAUCCCACCUUUGGGAUUUAAUCUGAACCCUUCAUUUGGCUUAUAUAAUAAGCUUGCAAUAAAUUAAACAUAGAGGGUUAU